AUGGGACUACUGACUGCUCAAUCACCAGGAUGUGAUGUUUGUGGAAAAGAAAAGUUUGAUGAGAAUAAAGUAAAUAUGUUUGAUCCUGAUAUUGCAUUUAAUUCCAUAGAAGAAGAAAAGAGAUAUUACAAAGAUUUAGCUAUUAAAUAUGAAAAAAAGUAUCAGGAAACAAAAUUAGAUUUAGAAGAAUUUCAAGAAAGUAGCAGAGAACUUGAAGCAGAAUUGGAAGCUCAGCUAGAACAGACUGAAUCACGAAAUAAAGAACUAAAAUCCCUUUCAAGCCGUUUGCAGAUUGAAUGUGAAUCACUCAAGGACAAACUGCAAAAAACACAGGUGGACAGCCAGACACAAAUAGCAAAUCUUGAAGAAGAAUUGUCACGUGUAAAAGCAACUCGAGAUGAUUUGCAGAAAUAUAUUAGGGAAUUAGAGCAAUUAAAUGAUGAUCUAGAGAGAGCGAAAAGGGCAGCAGUAUCGUCACUGGAAGAUUUUGAAGCUAGAUUGAAUCAGGCAAUUGAAAGGAAUGCCUUUUUAGAAAGUGAGCUUGAUGAGAAAGAAGUUUUGAAAGUAACAGUACAAAGGCUUAAAGAUGAGUCCAGAGAUUUGAGACAAGAAAUGAUAAUACAUCAAACCAGCAGGCCUGUGUAUGAGAAAUCAGUGAGUAUUGAUUCAAAAUCAGAAAGUGUCAAGACAGUUACUGAUUCUAACAAGAUUAAGUCAGAAUUAGAAAAUUCAUCAGAAGUGUCAAUAAAACGUCUAAGUAGCCAUCAGCUGAAUGAAUCCCUCCCAUUUACUCCAUCUUCCCGAAUAUCUGCUUUAAAUAUUGUUGGCGAUCUUCUUAGGAAAGUGGGGGCUUUAGAAUCUAAGUUAGCAUCUUGCAGAGCUUAUGUUAAAGAAAACUCUCCAAAGUCCGAAAAGAAGGAGAAUGGAAGUCACUCUCCAGUACGAACCAAGCGCUUGCUCAGUAAAGGAUCUUUAUCGAGUCCUCAAGACUGCAUUAGCUUGACUGCAUGAAAAUUUUAUUUUGCCGACAUAUUUAUAUGGCGUUUAUUUCUGAAAACAUUCUGUAUAGCUAUAAUUUUGUUGCCUGAACUUUUUAAUAUGAAAGUUUGAGUUAUAAAUGUAUAUUAUUUGUGUCUUUAAAAAAAAUACUGUUUCUAUGUAAUAUUUAGUUUAUAUUUUAAAAAGCAUGUUGUUGGUUUUUUAUUUUAUACAUGGUGAAUUCAUUUAGUGAAUAAAUCAUAAUACAAACAAGUUUUUAGAAAAUGUCUUUUCUCUUAUUUAGAUAUAAAUAUGUCGAGGUAUUCUGAAAGCUAAUGAUGUUUUACAUCCAUGAUUCAAAAAGGAAGAAGAAAUAUUACUUAUCUUACUAUUUUUAUUUCCGAAACCCACUAAACAGUUGUAAAUGCUGUAUGUUACUGUUUCAUCAUGUGAUCUAUAUUAUUUAUUAUUUUGUAAAUUUAGUAUUAAAAUGGUUUUCGGUUUUUAUAGUCUGUACAUUAGUAGAUGGAAUUUUUAAUAAUUGUAGUUCUAGAUAUAAUUUAUUUGCACUACACGAUAAAUAUGCUAUCACUCACUAUAUAUAUUACAUUCAUUGGGAAUCAUCCUACAGUUGCAUACCUACUUAAAAACAAUAAAUCGGUUAAAAUGACAGAAAAAGUGCCUUUAAUGUGCUGCUUUUUUUUUUUUUUUUUGUAAUGCCAGCAUUUGUAUUAAAUCAACAGUCCAAUGAAUGAGAAUUUUAUUUAACCAUAAGCAAUAUGUCAUUGGUAAGGGAAUUCGUAAAGGCAUGGGUACCAAAUAUGUUAUUCAUCACCUUUAUUUUACAUUUAUUGAUUUUAAUAACCUGCAUUUCAAGAGGAGAUAGAAAAAAUGGGAUAUUGCUAAGAAAAUUAAACAUGAGAUUUGAAAAUUAUAAAUUUUCAAUAGCACACUUUUAAAUGUCAUUUGUACAUAAUUCAUUAUCUUGUACCAGUAGAUACAAACAACAAAAAUACAAUGGUAUUUAUGUUUAUUAUAAGUUGACAGAAUGCAUUCAUAUUUAUAAUUGAGUUAUUCUAUUUUUUUUUUGAGCAAACCUUUGUUGACAGUUAUGCUUUUAAUUUUUAUAUAAAUAUGUUUUCCAUGUUCAUGCUAUCCAAAUGCAGAUAAUUGAAAAGUAACAUUUUCAAAUUAAAUUUAAAAUAUGAAUAUAUGCAAAAUUUGUAUAAGAAGCAAAUUGUGUACUAAUAAAAAAUAAAAGAAAUUUACACCCAUUACAAUUCAUGAAGUUAUGCACAAUUAUUAUAUUAGUUAUUAUGCAUGCAUAAUGAUUCUCAUGUGAAGGAAUAUUUUUAGGGUGUGUUAUGAAAUGUUAUGUAGAAUAAAUUAUUGUUUAUGAACAAAACUAUUAUAAUGAAAUUUAAUUCUUGGAAGACAUUCUGUAUAAAGAAAAAUGGCUAUGUAAUAUUAAUUAUAAAUAAAGCUUAUGUUUUAAAAUAUUAA